AAAAAUUUGAUUAAUUACGAUGUUUUAGUAAUAACUUGUUAAUCAUUUGCCUUAUUUAAUGGCUUUAGAUAAGUCGAAAGAUCUUGAAUCGAUAGGUCAUUAUCUAUCAGAACACUUAAAAGUGGCAGGUGGAUAUUGGACAAUAAAUGCAAUAGCUUGUUUAAAUAAAAUUGAUUAAAUAAGUGAGGAGAAGAAGCAAUAAUUAUCAUAAUGGCUUAAAUAAUGUUAAAAUGAGGAUGGAGGAUUUGGUGGUAAUACAAAUCAUGAUUCUCAUAUAACAAAUACACAUUAUGCAAUUUUAUUAAGUUUUUUAUUGGGAUGUGAAUUAAAUUAUGAAGAAGCAGCAAAAUAUGUAGCUGCAAGAUAAAGAAAGGAUGGAUCAUUUGAAGGAGAUAAAGUAAACUAAUUAUUAAAUUAAUUUAUAGUGGGGAGAAGUAGAUGCUAGAUUUUCAUAUUGUGGUUUAUCUUCAUUAACAUUAUUAAAUAAAAGGGAUUUAAUAGAUGUUAAAAAAGCAGCAAAUUACAUAAAGAAAUGUAGAAAUUUUGAUGGAUCUUUUGGAGGAAUGUAUAUAUAAUAAAAUGUAUAUUUAUUAGUCCAGAUGCAGAAUCUCAUGGAGCAUAUGUAUUUUGUUGUGUUGGAACCCUUUAUUUAUGUGAAGAUCUAUCGUUUAAUAUUGAUGAAUUAGCAAUGUGGAUUCAUGAGAGAUAAACUAGUAAAGGAGGGUAUAAUUAUAUAGUAUAUAUUAAGAUUGAAUGGAAGACCUGAAAAAUUGGCUGAUGUAUGUUAUUCUUGGUGGAUGUAUAGUGCAUUAUGUUUAUUGAAAAGAGAAUAAUGGAUAAAUUAAUAAGCUUUAGAAAAUUAUAUACUUGAGGUUUAAAUUUCAUAAUCUCAUUUUUAGUGUUAAGAUAGUGAUGGUGGAAUUGCUGAUAGACCAAAUAAUUAAUCUGAUGUUUUUCAUACAUUCUUUGGAUUAGCAGCAUUAUCAUUACUUAAUGGUGAUAAAUAUUAAUUAAAUCCUAUUGAUCCUGCUUUUGCAUUACCUAAAUCAAUACUUAUUAAUAUCCCUGGAGCUAGCAGAUUUAUUUAAUCCUGAUUAUUUUAUCAAUUUUAUAAAUAAU